AUGACACCCACCCCGCCUUCGACAACCUCCUCCACAGGCGCGCGCUCACCAGAAGAUGCGUACAAGGUCGUUCGAAAACGAAACCGAGUCCCUCUCAGCUGCUAUCCUUGCAGGACACGCAAGCAAGUACUCCCCUGUCCACUUGUUGUCCUGUCCCAUGCUAACCUGCAGCAGAUUGUAAGCUCCAGCGGCUCAUCGACCAUAUCGCCCCCCUCACUGACUCCAUGUAGGAAAUGCGACCGAAAACACCCUUGCAGCAACUGUACCAAACGUGAGGGUAAUGACACAUCAUCAUGUUCCUACGCAGCCCCCGCCUCGCAGAAAAAGGGCGCCAGCCAAGCCGACCUCAGCCCUGACGACAUGCAGAACCGCAUUGACCGCUUAGAGAACUUGGUCCUCUCUCUCAUGCACACUGGUGGCAGUGAUCCGGCGUCAGCCGUCGCAGCAGCGCGCGGCCAGUCAAUUUCGCAGACAACUACCAACAGCGGCGCUUCGGCCAAGAUGGAACAGGACGACGGAACUAACGCUGGCGACGACGAGAGCGACGACGAUGAUGGCUUGACCGCUUCUCUUGGGAUGCUCAAGGUGGAUGCGGACAAGGGCAAGUCAAUGUACAUUGGCCAUGAGCACUGGCAUUCGAUUCUCGCCGAUAUAUCCGACGUCAAAAACUACUUUACAUUGCAUCGCAAAGAGCUUGAAACCAGUUACGAGCGCGUCAAGAACUCCAAGCCAGCAGCCGCUCGUGAAGGUCCUACUCUGUUGCUCGGCGCCCAACCUGCUUCCGAGAUUGAGCUUCGCACCUCCCUACCACCCAAAACGCACGUUCUGGCCCUGUGCAGUCGAUACUUCAACUCAAUGGAUAACGCCGUUAGCGUCAUACAUGGGCCGACGUUCCUGGUGCAAUUACGAACCCACUGGCAAGACCCCAAUAAGACACCGAUCAUGUGGCUCGGUCUAUUAUAUUCCAUUCUCUCUCUUGCGAUGCUAAGUUACAACAAAGUCGGCGACGAACCUCCUGAGUGGAGGAAUAAAAGUAUGGCGUUUGCUGAUGAGUACCGCCUACGCACUGUCCAAUGUCUCAUCAAGGCAGAUUAUACCAAACCCGUCGACCACACAGUAGAGACGCUUCUCUUAUAUGUUUUGGGCGAGUACUCGUCUCGUUGGGAUGCCGAUUUAGGCCUGUGGCUCAUUGUCGGCAUGAUUGCGCGCAUCGCCAUUCGCCAGGGAUACCACCGCGACGCGAAAUGGUUUCCCUCGCUCAGUCCAUUUCAGGCAGAAAUGCGCCGGCGAACAUGGGCGCUCAUCCGCAUGUCCGACAUCGUCUUUUCUCACCAGGUCUCGCUGCCUAGCAUGAUUAACGAGGGAGACUGUGAUGCACAACUACCCAACAAUCUAUUUGACGACGACUUCCACCAGACCAUUAAAGAACUCCCGCCAUCCCGUCCAUCUUCUGAACCGACUCCAAUUUCUUACAUGAUUGCAAAGGCAAAGCUUUGUUUCGAGCUCGGGAGUAUUCUGCAAGCUACGAAUCAUCUCGGCAAGGGAAUGCCGUACGAUGAAGUUUUGCGAUUCGACGCCAAGCUGAGACAGGUCAUGCAAGACCUUCCACCUCACUUGAAGCUUGCUUCUUUGCAAGGCUCCAAUGACCCGGUGACUCUGAUUGUCGCUCGAUUCAACGUCAAUGUUUUGUACCAGAAGAUCAUGUGUCUACUCCAUCGCCACUACAUGGUCCGCGCUAGACAGAAUCCGCGAUACGCUCACUCGCGCCGCGCCGCAAUUGAGGCAUCCAUGGAAGCUAUGGGUCAUCUGUCCACCCUACAUCGCGAGUCUCAGCCCGGCGGUAAAUUGCGCGCCGUCAGCUGGUAUGUCAAGUCGAUUGCGACCAAAGAGUUUAUCCUCCCCGCCAUGCUCAUCAUCCUGGAUCUCCAUUAUGACAACACUGCAAUGCAGACCAACACCAGCCAAGAUGCAGAAGGCGUCUUUGUAUGGGAUAAUGACAAGCGCGCCAAGAUGGUCAGUUCCCUGCAACAAGCCGGCGCCAUCUGGUCCAGCCUGGCAGACUCCUCUAUGGAGGCGUUCAAGGCAUCCAAGGUUCUCGAUAUUAUGAUGGACAAGAUCCAGACCCCCGUCAGCAGCAGCGAAAACACACCCGAGUCGCGUAACGACUCCAUCUCCAUGGGAGUACCACCCUUUACCUUUAACAUGGACUCACUAUCGUCAGAUCCUCAGUCUGUCCUCUCCUCGGCAGGCCUGGGAGACCUGGGAGACCUUAGUAGCCCCGGGAGCAACAAUGCCUUUUCAUCGAUGGACACCGGUCCGUUUGUCGGCAUGGACUUUGGCCUACCGCCUAUCAACAUGGACAUGUCCAUGGAUGGCCUGAACCCGCUCAACUCCGCUGGCGGUGCCACGUCGCCGCCGAGCAUGUUUACAACAGCGGGCAACGGCCUCGGCGUGGAUGGUGGUGCCGCCGACUUUGCCGCUAAUUUUGAUUGGAACACAUUUGAGAAUUAUACACAACUGGCAAAUUGGGGUACAGAUCAGAGCUUCCAGAUUUACGCUGAGCUGCCUGACGAAACCCACAGUAUUAACCCCGCCAAGAUGUAG